GAAAUACUCUAGCGAGCGUGACCAAGCAAGCUAAAAAUGUUAGCUAGCAUGUUGUGGUUAGCUGGGCUGUCAAACUUACAAGUCAUGCCAACCUGAUAUAGCUGUUCUUGCCUGUCGCAGAAUUUUGCCUCCAUGAACAACUUGAAUGACCCCCCCAGAUGGAACAUCCAACCAGACCCGAGAGGAAGGGGGGCGGCGGCCGGUGAUGGGAACCAAUGGAACUAUGCCCUGCUGGUCCCCAUGCUGGGGCUGGCUGCAUUUCGUUGGAUCUGGACCAAGGAGUCUCAGAGGGAGAUCCAGAAGGUCAAAUCUCAGUAUGACAAGGAUGUGUCCACAAUAAAAAGCGAGAUGGAGGCACGGUACCGGGAGACACUGACGGAGAGGCGCAGGGCGGCGGCUACACUAGAGCUGGAGCUGGAGAAGGAGAGACAGAGGGUCAAAGGCUACAAGCAGGCCCUGGUCUCACAGAGCCAUCAGCUGAUGGAAGAACGGAAACAGUUACAGCAGGAGCGUGAGGCCUUAGAGGUAGAGAAGCAAAGGCUGGUAAAGUCUGGUGCUGCAGGGGCUGUGCUGCACCAAGCACUGGAACGAGAGAACAACUGGUACCAUCGAGCAAAUGCUACUCUGAAGGAGCUAGAGGCUCAGCUUGUGGAGCGCCAGAAUGCCUACUGUUCCCUCAUCCAGCCCAGAGACCAGCGGCUGGAGAUGGAGAAGAACAUGCUGGUCAAGGUCGUCAAAGAACCCAUUGGGGCAGAACUGGAUCUAGAGUCCGAUCUGAAGGAUAUUUUCAAGAGAGAUAAGCACUGUGCGGACCUGCUAAACAUGGACAAGAGGAAGAAUGGAAGCCUCAUGUGGGUGUACCUCAAGUACUGGCAGCUGCAGGUCACUGUCCAGAAACACAAGAGAGCUGAAGAAGCCAUAUUAGGAGAGAAAAUCCAGUCUCACACAAAGUGACGAAAGCCAAACAUAAGCUGGUGUUUUUCAUUUGAUUUCGAAGAAUGUUCAAAGUACAUGGACCAGGAAUGGAAAAUGCAUGCAUUUUUCACUCUGUGUAAUUCUCUUUACCUGAUAGGGAUGUUAUGGAAACACACAAGGGGCAAUCUCAACAACAUAAUGCUGAACAUCUGAAAGUUCCUCCCUUAAUCUCCCUAAUGCCUUUGUCAGGUUUUAGAAUGCUGAAAUACAAUAUUACCAUAAAUUCAGAGGCCCUGGUAAUGACCCAUUAGCUUUAACUUAAACUGUGCACUAGGACAAUUGAGUUGUUAUCCAUAUUGGAUAUACAGUUUCAGUAUUUAUAUUUUUAACAUUUAGCCCCUAAGAACAUUGUCAGAAUUUUUGUGUCAAUUUAACUCACAUUCUCGGAGUGCCAUGAAUUUCUGCCAGGUGCAUGUAUAUUCUUACGUCUGCAAAAUCUUCCUUCUCGGCUAAGAAUUUAAGGCACCUAGUAACUGUUCCCAAUGGGAUGUGAUAACACACGCACACAUCUUCAGGAAAAAAAAUGAGAAUCACGAUAAAAAGUCCUGCAUUGAACAAAAAAAAGCCAGGAAUUCACACACUGUCUUGACACAGUGUCGAAAGUAAUUUUUCCAAAAAUAGUUUGAUGGAAAAGUCAAGUCUUUCUGUGGAGUGUGCUGAUACCAUGCAUUAAUGUGUGGAUGGAGCAUUGUGUGAGAUACUUAUCUUCACUUGUUUUUACAAACACUUCUGUCCAUAUGUUGGGGUUUCCUUUCAUACAUGGCAUCUGUCCUUGCACUCUGAUGUGUGUUGCUAUUUAUGACAUAUGGCCUAAAGCCAAUAGAAUACUGUGUCUAUUUCCAAACAGUGGUUUUGCAUUUCUAGUAUUCAAUGCAAGUUUGCGGCAGCUUUUCACUGUAAGGCAGACAGGACACUGAAUCUAAACAAGGCAGAGGUCCUCAAAGUUUAGAUGGCUGAGUGCCAAUUUAGGGAGCCAGCAUAUGAUCGAGGGCCACACAGGAAAAGUCACAAAAUUAUCGUAGGAUUUUUGACUGGUCUGACAGUGGCGUUUAACAUUAAGUUCUUUCACCACUGACGUCACCUGUUUGUAGAUAAGGCAGAUCACCUCAUCUGUCCCUCGCAGUCCAACCAUGUAGGAGUUGAUCCACUUUUCCAGCUUUUUUUCUGUGGUUGCUUUUCCAUCUCACCUCCAUGUUGAACUGCAGAGUUGUCCAUGCUAACUUGUGCUAACAGCACUAGCAUUAGUGACAGAACCCACACCCCCACACCUGCAAGGUGCCACUAGUUGCCAUGCAGCCAGUAGCUCAGUGCAAGUUGUCAUUCUUUACCUGACAGAGGCUUGGGGGGGCAGGGGGGCACAGUUUGACACAGUAGCUGAGUAGUGUUUUAAAUGUAGGCUAUUGAAAGUGAAGGUAUUGACAUGGAAUGAUUAAAAUAUAAUGCAUGGGCCUGCACAAAAUGUUUCUGAGGGUUACUGUUGGACAAUUCCUGAAAUACAGGAACAGACCUCAAAGUAGUGCUCAGUACUGCAACACCUCCACAAUACUGCAACGAUAGUCAAACAGCAGCUUUGUACUUACACACUACACUCCUGUAAUGAAAGCUGUAGCAGUUUACCAUGCCUCUCUGCACUGUCAUGUUUUGUUUUGACCAUAACGUGAGGAGUAAGUGCUGGAUAUAAUGCCAUAAUUUCUAAUGUACUAAAUCUACCCACUCUGUGAAAUCCUCCUAAUAAA